UCCUUCCUCCAUUACUACCAUCCAAACUAGUCCUAAGUCCUAACCAUUCAUCAUCAUUCACAACCAUGCUCAUCUCCUCCUCCUCCUCUCUCAAACCCAUCCUUCUCUCCUUCCCUCUUCUCCUCACCCUUCUCCUCCUUUCUCAAUCUUCUCAUCAUCAUCAUCAUCAUCAUCAUCAUCUCUUCCUCACCUCCUUCCUCUUCCUCCUUCUUCUCCUCACUCUCUACUUCCUUUCUCGUCCUCGCCCUAUUUACCUCCUCAACUACUCCUGCUUCAAACCCACACCCACCUGCCGUGUUCCCUUCUCCACCUACAUGGAACACGCCCGCCAAAUGCCCUUCUUCGACGACCGCAGCGUCCGUUUCCAAACCCUAAUUCUUGAACGCUCCGGCCUCGGUGAAGAAACCUGUCUCCCUCCUCCUCACCACUACAUCCCUCCAACUCCUUCCCUUUCUUCCUCUCUCCAUGAAACCCACACUGUCCUCUUCUCCGCCAUUGACCACCUUCUCAAACUCACUUCCAUCCAUCCUCACCUCAUCGACAUCCUAGUUAUCAACUGCAGUCUCUUCUAUCCCAUUCCCUCACUCUCCUCCAUAAUCAUCAAUCACUACAACCUCCGCACCGACAUCCGCAGCUUCAAUCUCUCCGGCAUGGGCUGCAGCGCCGGCCUCAUCUCCGUCGACCUCGCUCGAGACGUCCUUCAGGUCCAUCCUAACUCUCUUGCUCUUGUUCUCUCCACUGAAAUCAUCACUCCCAACUACUACGCCGGCAAAGAACGUGCUAUGCUCCUCCCUAACUGUCUUUUCCGCAUGGGCGCCUCCGCCGUUCUCCUCUCUAACCGCAGCUGUGAUGCUUCCAUCGCUAAAUACAAACUCCUCCACGUCGUCCGCACUCACAAAGGCUCCGACGAUAAAGCUCACAGUUGUGUUUUCCAAGAACAAGACUCUGAAGGAAACCUCGGCAUUAAUCUUUCUAAAGACCUCAUGGCCAUUGCCGGUGACACUCUUAAAUCCAACAUUACUUCAAUUGGACCUCUUGUUUUGCCGGCUUCCGAACAAUUACUCUUUCUCUUCACCUUCAUUGCUCGCAAACUCAUUAAUCCUAAGUUGAAACCUUAUAUCCCUGACUUCAAACAAGCGUUUGAGCACUUUUGUAUUCACGCCGGUGGACGUGCAGUUAUUGAUGAGCUCCAGAAGAACCUUCAGCUCUCGGCUGAGCAUGUUGAAGCUUCACGCAUGACCUUGCAUAGGUUCGGCAACACGUCGAGCAGCUCGCUGUGGUAUGAGCUCAGUUAUAUUGAAUCUAAAGGCAGGAUGCGGCGCGGUGACCGGGUUUGGAUGAUUGGUUUUGGGAGUGGGUUCAAAUGCAACAGCGCUGUUUGGAAGUGCUUGCAAACUGUGAAAACUCCUGUUGAGGGUCCUUGGUCUGAGUGUAUUCACAGGUAUCCUGUUCACAUUCCAGAGGUUGUUAAGCUCUUAUAGUUACUUAAUUAAUUACUUCUUUAUCUCUCUUUCUGUGAGCUUUGAAUCUUUGAUGGUGGUUGUAUGAUGAAAGGAAGAUCAAGAUGGUGAUGAAGAAGAAGAGUUGAAGCUAGCUAGUUGUGUGGAUCUCUUUCUUGAUUUAUAUUUUUAUAUUUUAUUUUUACUUAUUUUUAGAAAUAUUUCUGUGUUUGUGAAAGGUGGUGGAGAGACGAAGAAGAAGAAGAUAGUGAGCAAAUUAAAUGAAUGUGAUGUUAACGUUACGUGAAUUGAUUAGCUUUUAAUGUUAUUUAUUGCGCUUAUAAAUUUGGAUUGGGAUUAGAGAGAUCAUGAUUCAUGA